AUGGAUUAUUUUGGGAACAAUCGCUAUCAGCUGCUGUUCAUCGAUGACGAGGCCAGCGAUCUGUGCGUCGGCCAAAAGAAGCUGCAGCUGUUGGACAACAGCUCGAAGCUCAAGUGCAGGAAGAUCAAGUCGCUGGUGCUGGGCAAGAAGGCAGCCAACCAGGGCAAGGCCAAGCGCAAUGGCAAGGGCGAGCGGGGCCUCAAGGAGGACCUCAAGGCCAAUGGCACCUCGAUGGCUGACGGCGGACCGAAGCUAGAGUCGAAGAAGCAGCCGCAGCCACAGCCGCAGCGUCAUUAUAGGGAGCGCACCGUGUUCAGUCGCAUCAUCAAUAACAGCAACAAGAACGGCGGCUACGGCCGGCUCUAUAAGAGCAAGUUCGAUCGUCGUUCGGGCUCCGAUAAGACGGGCAUCAAGGCGGUGGUCAAGCGCAACGGGGGCGGCGCCCACAACUGGGGCUCGGUCAUCAAGGACAUCGAGGAGCAGAGCAUUGCCAUGAAGAAUCCAAACAUAUUGUUAGACAAGGAUGAUUCGUUCAACGAGCAGCAGCAGCAGCAGCAGUCGUCCUCGCAGCUGCAGUCGCCACAGCAGGCGGGCGACAAUUCCAAUGAGGAGGACACCACCAAGUACAUAACUGUCGAGGAGUGGCGCGCCAUGUGCGUUGAGCGCACCAAGCCCACCUACAACAUACGCAAGCCCGGCGAGGGGGAGGUCGCCAAGCCGGACUGGCAGAAAAUGAUUGUCUUGCCAAAGAAGAAGCCAGCCAAGUCGGACUCCGAUAUGACCGUGGAGUACGAGGCAACCACGUAUCCGCAGCGCGCCGGCCGCCUGCGACGCAUCAUGAACAUUGAGUUCAAGUUCAAGGACGAUCGUCGUCGCAGCGGCUAUCUCAGCGGCUGGGGGGGCGGACGUUCGCUGAACAAGAACGCGGCCAAGAGCGACUCCGAUCCGAUCAAUAUGAAUGACGAAGCCGAGUUCCCAACUCUCGGCUAAUGCAACCAGCAAGCAAUCUCCCAAUAGCU